AUGUCGAGCGAAAACCAAGCUGAAACUCAAAUGGAGGGUGAAGAUCAAACACCUAGAACUGCAAGAAGUCCUUCAGCUUCAAUUGGAAAUGGGAAUCAAGAAUUACAGUUCAUCAACUCAAAGAAUCCCCUUGAAGAUCCAACGAACCCAUACUAUAUUCAUCACAGAGAUAAUCCAGUGUCCAAAGAGAUCUCUUCUAGCAUCCUAUACGAUGAAUCGGCUGCCAACAUCUGGACUGAUCUCAAAGUGCGUUUCCAUCAAAGAAAUGGGCCACAUAUCUACAACCUAAGGAAGAAUCUAAUGAAUCUUAAACAAGAAACUCUCACCAUUGGUAUGUACUUUACCAAGUUAAAAACUGUUUGGGAAGAAUUAGCAAAUUACAGACCAAGCUGUACCUGCAAUGGUUGUACCUGUGGAGGAGUUAAGAAACUCCAAGAUCAUCACCACAUGGAGUAUAUUAUGUCCUUCUUAAUGGGACUGUCUGAUAAAUUCUCUCAGGUUCGUGGAAGUAUACUCUUGAUGGAUCCUCUACCAGAAAUCAAUCGGGUUUUCCACCUGGUUACUCAAGAAGAAAAUCAAAAAGGAAAUGUUGCAGCAGAAAAUAACCCGAACACCAGCCAUGCCUUUGCUUUCCAAGGUGACAAGAACAAUAAAUCAGAUCAUCAAAAGUCUCAAGCACCGAAGAAAGGGAGGCCCUUCUGUACUCAUUGUAACAUCCACGGUCAUACUAUAGAGAGAUGUUACAAGAUUCAUGGAUAUCCUCCAGGGUACAAUAAAAAUAAAUCAAAAGAUGCAGUGGCAAACCAGAUCCAAUCUAAUGAAGAAACCAGUGUCAAGAAUAAGGAUUCCCACACUCUUUUGCCUCAACUAAGUGCCAUCCAAUAUCAGCAACUCCUCAAUUUUCCUUGCUAA